AUGACGAGGAAAGAAAUAAUGGAAUAUUUUGGCGUAUCAGAACACAACGAAGGUGAGUGGAGAAUAUACAGCAAAUGAAUCUAACGUAAAUGCGGCAAAAUUAAGACUGAGUGUUUAUUUUUUAUCAUUUUCUCAUGUUUCAUAACAUUCUAGUUCCAGAAUACGACGUAAUUAUUCCAUAUCAUUCAAAAGAAAGUGGUAAAUUCGUCUCUUUGUCCCUCGGCCAGUCGCGACACCGAAGAAGUGUAGGUGAAUCCAAGGUCACGCACUACAAAUUGGCCGCGUUCGGCCAGGAGCUUCAUGUGACACUAACACGAAAUAGUAUACUGAUGAAUCAUGGGCUCACUGUCAAGACUCAAAACGCCGAUGGAACGAUGACUUCACGUCCUGUACCAGAAAAUACGUUUUACCUAGGACAUGUUUCUUCGGAUCCGGGCUCUGUGGUGGCCGUCAGCGAAUUGGGAGGACUGGUAAGCAAAAUUCUUUUAAGAUUACAUUGACAAGGAGUGGUUGAGUAGGGUUUGGUUAUCAGAGAGAAACGGCAUACAUCUCGCACAUAAAAGCAGCUCCCUACCCCAGUUAAAGAGGUGAAUUUUCACACACAAAAUAGAGGCAGUAGGUUGGUUCAAAUGCUCUUCUUCUAUCUUUCAGUUCCGUCUUAUAAAGGUUCUAAUUCUGCUUUCUUUAAGUUAACUCCUGGUUAAGUCUUAAGUGUAAACUGUGAUUUUGAUAAGCCAGUCAAGGAACAUUGGUAGCUUAAACUAUAAUUAUCUGUACCCUCCUCACCAGACUGGUAUCAUACGGACAUCACGUGAUACUCUUCUUGUCUGUCCUCUUCCCGCCCGACUGGCCAGACACGUGACUGACAAUUUCAAAACGUUACCGCAUCUGGUGAUCAAGAUUUCUGUGAUGCCUAGACUCAGGCAGAGACGAUCCUUGGACAGUGGCGUGAAAAAAUAUUUAGAAGCUGCAUUGGUUGUUCUAACCGACAUGGAGAACAAAUACGGUUACAAUGGGACUGUUCAAAGGCUCCUUGUCAUGGCUAAUAUUGUAAGUAUCCGAGAGGGCCUGCCCGCUAUGAUACACGUGCGACUCACGUACGAGUCACAUGUGACGUACGUGUUCCGCAUUGCGCUUCCACUUCAAAUAUCUUGGUAAAUCUUGUUGUUCCUUAGGUUGCAGGUUUGUUUCAGGAUGAAUCCAUUGGAUCCACAAAAAUAAGAUACAGCAUCAACAGGAUUUUGGUCUUGCGACCCCAAGAGGUAAAGGAAAAACAAAUGAUUUUUACGAUUCAUUGA